UCUCAUCCCUUGUUUCAAUUCGCACGUAUGGUUUGACUGUGUGUGAAAGAAUUUGUGUGUGGUGUGUUCUGGAGUUUGGGAAUGUUCAAGAAAGUGCAGCAGCAGCAGACACAUGGUGAGGUGCUUGCUGGUGUGGAUGCGAGUGCGGCAUGGGCUAAGGCUUCAUCAAGGAGUGGAGAGGCCGAUUGGGAGACAUGGCAUGAGAGGCUGCGUCAUGUGAACUUCCCUAUGCUGCAGAAGUUGGUGAAGGAUGGGAGCCUGAAAGGAUUGGAGGUAAAGGGGGGAUUGAAGGAGAUUGGGAGCUGCCCUACAUGCUUGGAGACCAAGUUCUCCAAGUUCCCCUUCAACAGCACUACAGGACCAGCCAAGACCCCACUUGCACUUGUGCACAUGGAUGUGGUGGGGCCCACAAGAGCCCCUUCCCUCUCAGGCAGCCGCUAUUUCUUGACAAUUGUGGAUGACCACACUCGGGCAGUGUGGGUUUACCCUUUGAAGAGCAAGGGGGAGGUGGCAGCGGCUGUCCUUAAGGAGUGGAUGCCGAGAGCUCAGAGGGAAUGUGGACACAAGGUGAAGGUGAUCCGCAGUGACAAUGGUGGGGAGUUCAUUGGAGCUGAUUUUGAGGGGGAGUUGAAGAGGAAGGGGAUCCAGCAUCAACUGACAUGGUAUGGGAGUGCUCCAGCUGUGAAUAUGCUGAGGGCAUUUGGGUGCAUGGUAGUGUUUCAUGUGCCUAAGGAGAAAAGAGGGAAGUUGGAGGCUUCUGGAAGAUGGGGUGUGCACUUGGGGAUUGCAAAGGAUCACAAGGGGUGGCUGCUAUGGGACUUGACCACCCAGAAGUUGACAGUGUCAAGGGAUGUGAAGUUUCUUGAGUCCCUGUACUACAAGGAAUGGAAGCAGCAGCAACAGAAGCUUCCAUCUACACCGCUCAUUGUGGAGGCAGAUGAGGUGCAGCACCCUUCAAGACAGGUGGAGGUUGCAGUGUCAGAGGAGGAGAUGUCUGGGGGCAUGAAGCUUGCUGGGAUGAGUGUGCAUUGAGUAUGCAUGCUUGAGAUGUGGUAUGGUCGAUGAUGGUUGGCAGCCAGAGGGGGAGAUUGUUGUGUGAUGUCAUCAUAUGCUAUCACAUUCUGUCUGCCUCUCAUCCCUUGUUUCAAUUCGCACGUAUGGUUUGACUGUGUGUGAAAGAAUUUGUGUGUGGUGUGUUCUGGAGUUUGGGAAUGUGUUUUGUGUUAUUCU